GGAAAGGGGAGGAGCGGAAGGACUUGUGGGCAUCUGUGCUCAAGCAUGUCUGGUUGCACGUGCUGACACACACUCGCCUUCUGGACGUGUGUCUGCCAGGUUGGAUGCUUGGCGACUGAACGCGCUGCACAUCCGUAUUUUAAGAUUAAACUAUGCUCGUGCCCCUCCCGAUGGGCCGCCUCGCCCUCCUCGCGCUCCUGGCGGGGCCGCGGCCCUCCGCCGGCCUCCAGCAGGGCCCCGCGGCGGCGACGGAGGGCAGCUUCUCGCCGGCCGAGCAGGACCGGCGAGCCAAGGCGGCGCAGACGCUGCUGACUGUGGACAACGACGUGGAUCAGAGACCGAGGCACGUUGCCUGGCUCAUCUCAGGCCAGAUGUCUCGUUUCAUCUACAAGGACGCAACCAGGUUCAUUGACGGAGGUCUCCAGGCAUGGUCGGGCUGCUUCGGGAAGGCGACGUGCUCCAUGUCUGUCGACGUUCACAUCGCCCUGGCAAACACGCACGUGCACCAGUUCCGAGGACCGAGGUACGAAUUGCCCACCUAUGGAGACGGAGCGUUUGUGGAGUCCGCCAUCAAGGACCACUACCUCAAUUUGCUUGAGUCUGAAAGCGAGCAGCUUGUAUCGAGAUCCGAGGUGGGACAGAAGGUCGCGAUGAUGAAGGACGAGUUCAAGAAAUCUGGUGCUCGCGCAGUCCACGUCAAGAUCGUCAGCGGCGAGCAGUUCGACGCAAACAUCAAGAGGGUCCGCGAACUGAUCUUAAAGAGGGCGAAGCGCACCAUGGAUCCGCCCAUGAGUAACUUCGACGACUUCUGGAGCAAUCUGCCGCGCCACGAGAAACGCUUCGAGCAGAACGGCAACAUGAUGUACCUGCGCCACCUAUCCUACAGGUCCGCCGUGCUGGCCGAGCAGGCCCUCCCCUUCAAGUACACGCACGUCCUCUACACCCGCGAGGAUAACGUCUUCGUGCACCCGUCCUACACGCUGCUCCAGCUCGCCCGGGACGUGGACGGCACCGCCGAGCCCUCGGAGUCCCCAGCGUCGGUCCUGGUGGACUCCCGCUGCGGCUGGCUCUACUACUCCGACAAGCUCUACUUCGCCUCCCGGCGGGGCAUCGACAUCCUGUUUGCGAGGAGCCUCGACGAGCACAUCACCCAGAUGGCAAAGUGGAUCAACCUGGCACGGACGUCGCAGAGCGGGUCGGUGAGGCGCGCGGACCAGAAGGACCCCCUGAUGACGGAGGAGUUCUUCAAGAGGCUGCUGGACGAGUCCCACGCCAAGGUCACCAAGUUCGACUUCCUCCGCACCGAGGCGCGAUACAGAAACGGCUCCGACUCGCCGUGCAUCCCGGAGAUCUACAGGAAGUGCACCGCGGUCGGCGAGGUGUUCGAGACGUGCCCGGGUGACGGCAUGGCCAGGUAGGCACGCCUCGUCGGGCUGCGGCCCGCCCCGGAGGGCCGGGCGGCCUCCGAGGAGCUCGCCGCAGGACGACAGGGCCCGGCUCCCUCCCGCGCUUCCCGCCUGGGCGUGCCGCCCUCUCCAAGCAGCCCUCCUCGAUCAGAGGCGCGCUCGACCUCCCGAGCCCCCCUUUUGCUGCGCCUGCUUCGGGCCGAGCCCACGCUGCCGUGGAACAAAUGUGGGGUUCCCGAAGGGUUUGAGGUGUAUAAGCAGACCGACGCUGCAAGGUUGGCGGGUCAAACUGACCGAUGCUUAGCCAGGCGACGCUGCAAGGUCGACGCUGCGAGACCGAUCAGCGGGACUGACGCUGCAAUCAAUGAAACCGCCGCCGCCGCCGUCGUCGUCGUCGUCAUCGUCGUCGUCUCGACGCCCUCGAAACAUGAAAAGCUCAGCAGCCAUCGCGCGGUAUCCGCAGGCGCUACAGAUGCUGGUGCGCAUGCUGGAGGACGCCGUGCUUCCAGACACAGGAGAGAACGUCAGCACGAACGCCGCCAUCAGCGCCUGCGCCAGGCGCGGCUGCUGGCAGCACGCAGCCGCGCUGCUGACCGGCAUGUCCCACGCAAGGUUGCAGCCCGACGCGACCAGCUUUGCCGCGUGCGCCUCCGCGUGCGACCGCGGCAAUGCCUGGGCGCAGGUGAUGGCGAUCCUUGGCUGGAUGCGCAGGGCGCGCGUAGGGCCCGACUUCGUGGCGCUGCACAGCGCGCUCAGCGCCUGUUGGCCGGGAGGACGCUGGCGGCCCGCGCUGGCGCUGCUCGCGGAGGUCUCCGGGCUGCGGGCGCCGCCGAACGCCGUCGGCCUCGCCGCCGCGCU